CGAGCAGCGAGUAUAAAAAGGGGCCAAGCAUCCGAGUUCAGGCAUCACUUCUUCGAGCUCAUAACAGCAACGUAGGAACGAAUCGACCAUGAACGCCGUCCUGUGCCUGUUCGCCGCUCUGUUGGGCAGUGCCCUUGCCGUGUACGUCCCCACGUACGGCGUGCCGGUGGGUGCUGGAUACCCCUACGUUCCUGCGGUCACGACGACGGUACACGGUACCCCCGUAGCCGCCGUGCAGGGUGCUGUCCACCGUGUGGUGCCGGUCACUCCCACCGUCCACAACGUCGCCACCCCGUUCGGCUACCGCACCACCGGCGUCAGCUACAGCCACAGAGUCGAUGCCCACCCGUUGAAACUGCGCUACGUGUACGGAGUCGCGCCGUACGGCCUCAGCUACGGCUAUGGCUUGAGCCCAUACGGCUAUGGCCUGAGCCCCUACGGUUACGCUCCUGUCCUGAAAAAGUGAAGAAAUCCCAACUGACGGAAGAGUAACCUUCCGUAAUGACAGACACAAGCCCAAGCCAAAAGAAAGUACUUUCGUUACUGCUGUGAAUGUUGUUGCAUGGCAAAGCGACUGAAAAAUAAAAGCACAAAAACAACCAAAA